CAACUAGUUGCUCUCUAAAAUUUGCGUAAAGCAGUCGAAAUUCGAAAUAGAUCCCGAGCGCACUUUUAAAUCUCGUUCGCGCGUUCUGUUCCCAUACGUAUUUUUCACUCUCAUUUUCACAUUUUUUCCAAAAUCUGUGUUUUCAUUUCAGAGAUAUAAAUAACAACAGUUGUGAGAUCACGGUUAAAAAAUUGAAUUUCAAAUUUCAUAAGAUUUUUAUUUCAAAAAAAAAAAAAAAUUCAGUAAAAGUUAGUCGUGAACUCUCAUUUAAAACCAUUAAGUCGCAAAACCAGAUCAAAAAGUGAAGUGGGUAUUCAAAUUACCGCUAAGAUUGAAAAAAAAAAACAAAAAAAAAAAACAAACAUAGUGGGCAAAAAUAAAAGCCACAUAAUUGUUUUGUUUGGCAAGAAACAAAUGAAUUUAUGCUCAAAACAGAAAGGAGUGAACUGAACUGUAACAAAUCAUUGUCCAUCUAUCGUCAGUGAAUCUACAAGAGAAUACAGAAGCGAUAUACGUAUAUUUGAGUGAAGGAAACAUUGAUUUUAUUUUUGUGGAUUAUCAUACGAACGUUUUUAUUGAAAGGCCGUCAAACAUGCUAAAUUAAGUUGACGUGGUGUAAUCAACAAGAAUCAAGAAUAGACUACAAAUUCGAACUAGUUAAAAGGUUUCGUAAUUGAUUUGACAAAAUGGGAACCAAAGAUCAAUCGGAACAAUUAUUCAAACGAAAUUUAGUGCCACUUGUGGCAGUCAUAUUUUUAUUUUACGGUGGUUUAAGUUGUUUGUAUUCAACAUUUGUGCCGCAUUUAUUGGUAUUGGGAUUGGAGGCUAGAGAAAUAAGUCAAAUUCUCACCGUCGUUGCUUUGGUAUCGAUUGUUGGACCAUUGAUUUUCAGUCCAUUAAUCGAUCGAAUUGCCGACCGUCGUAAAGCAUCAUUUGGCCGAUAUCUUCAAUGUAUUUUAGCUCUGCUAUUGAUUCUGGGUUCGAUUGCUUAUGGUUUAUUGUUGACGGUGCCGUCUGUGCUUCGGGAAGCGUCACGUCAACCACAGGUAUCCUUUGGUUGUGAUAAAAAUGGUGCAAUUAUAUUCCAAGAACGUUGUUUUGAGGAAAAGACUUGCUAUCAUUGGGAAAAAGAGAAAAUUGGUUCCCUUGCACUUACGAAUUGCACAUACACAUGUCAAAGUCCAACACAAUUUCAAAAUCUAUAUAAUCCAUGGUUAAAAGGAGCACCGGCAGCCAUCAUUAAUGAUGUACCGACGUCAAAAGAAAAACAAGACGAUGAUGACUAUAAUGAUUCAAAAGGGGACAGUGAAUUGGCAGACGGCAAUUUGGAACUAGUCCGUCAUCGACGAGAUACAAAAAAAGUGUAUGUUGCACCGCCACAUAUAUGUACGAAACGAAUUGAAAAUGGGCACGAUAUUAUUGAAAAAUGUCAUGUCUAUAUAAAUGAUUUGUCACAACCGCUUGAACAAACGCUUGAAGUAAAUACCGUUCUGCGUGGUGCCACAAAUCAAGAAAAUGAAACUCAUUCAGCCGAAUGGUGCAAUUACCCAUUGGAUGGUUUUAGCUGCGACAUACCAGCGCCACAGAUUGAGUAUAUGAAAAACUUUACCAAUAAUCCAGAUUGUAAGCCAAUGAUUGAAUGCGAAUUAUUGGAUCCAUAUAGUGAUAAUUCAGUUUUGUCACAGAGUCAAUGCUACAAAAUCGUAGGAGACGUUAAUGUGACAUAUUGGUCGUAUUUGGUAAUUCGAUCGUUAGCCGAUAUUUUUCCAGUGUCAAUUAUUGUUCUAUUGAAUACUGCAAUUAUAAUUGCAACUCGUGAAACAUCAACUGGACGGUCGGAGAUGGGUCGACAGCUUGCUUGGGGCGCACUUGCCUGGUGCAUUUUCCCCUUAAUAUUCGGAAUUGUUGGCAUCCACGGUGACAUCUUUGUGCCAGUUAUUGUGUGCAUUGUUCUAUGGAUAUUGGCGGCUUUAAUUUUGUUGUUUAAUAAGAGUAUCCCAUUAUCACCACCCGAAUGGUGGUGGCAAAUUUAUACCGGUGGCAUGAUGGCCAUACCUUUAUCUGCGAUUCGUAAAUAUACGCCCGAGAUAAUUGCAUUGUCUGUUGUUGCUGUUGUAUUGGGAGCCUUUUGGAGUGUUAUUGAUACCUUCCAACCUGAAUAUUUACUGGAAUUGAACGAAAAUGAUGCACCGCUUUUAAUUAAGCUCGUUUUAACGGUGGCUGCUAUUCCGGCCGUUAUUUGUUUGUGGUUUGCCGAAAAUAUUGUUGACUACUGUGGCCAUGCCAACGUUUUGAUUGCAUCAUUUGCACUUCACAUCCUUCGUUGUACGAUUUUGACAAUAAUGAAUUCGCCAUGGUACGCAUUGUUUACGCAUUCAUUUGAAUCAAUAACACUCGUCCUUGUGUUUGUAACGUUGGUAUUGUACAUGAGACAUUUGGUACCGCGUCGUCUCACGGCAACCGGUCAAGCUGUUCCAGUUAUCGCAACCCUUUGCAUUGGUAACGCAAUUGGAAAAUUAGUGGCACCAAUUUAUGCACCUGGCUUAAGGGCAUAUCUUUUCCGUGAUUUGGCCGUUGUUGCUGCGAUAGUUGGUAGCUUGUAUUUCAUUUUAUAUCAUUGCUACUUGGGAAAACGAUGUGCUGCCGCUCAGCAACCACCACCAUCGCCAGCUGAAUUGCAAACGCACAAUGGAUCACAACAAAAUGGUGGAUCAUCGCCAUCAAAUAAUUAUACACCACUUCGAAUAUACCAUAAUAGUCGCGGAAAGAAGGGCCAGUUCCGUUAUUAAGAAUUAAAAAAGAAAAGAAAACGAACAACUUGUCAACCAAUGUGUAUGCAUAUAUAUUUUUUGCACUGCCUGAUAUAAGAGAGACUCAUUUUAACGUACAACACAUAUAUUAUUUUGAACCAUAGGUUAAUUCACUGGCAAGAGACUAGCAUAGAAUUCAAGAAUCAUUGAUUGAUUCAUAUUUACGAUAUUUCUGAAACCAUCACCGUUAAGUGUCAACAGUCAGCACGGAGAUUAUGUAGUUUUUUUGAUGAUUUAUAUGCGGACAUAACACAGCGAUUUAUAUUAUGUAUCUACAAAUAUCACACACACACACACACACACACACACACACAUACAAAUACUUACAUACAAAACCUAUCCAUCCGAACGGUGAUCACAUGUAGCUAAAAGCACACAACUUGAGAGCAUAAUUUUGAAAAGUCAUGGAUUAUUGCUCAGGAGAACAGAUUCAAAAUCAAUAAUUCACUAUGUUGAUAUUAAUUAAAUGACAUAUAUAUGUCCAUUGUCCAAAAUGACGAUUUAAUAAAAAAAAAACGAACUUGAUGAUACAAAUAUAACCAAUGCCUUCAAUGACCUCAGUUUCAUUCAACGAAAAUGGUCUUUAAUUGUGCCUGUGAAUAACAUGAAAUCUUUUGAAUGCUCUAUGAAUCGUCACUGCUUAUGAAAAUUUAAAAAAAAUGCAUUUUAACUAUAAGAUAGUGAAUAAAAUGUCAAUUUUGUAAAUCAAAUAUAGAAUUUAAAUAUGUAAUGUAUGCAAUUAAAUGUAAGCAUUAAAAAAGAAUAAAUAAAUGUCUGUUACUUGAAUGUU